AGUAUAGCGGUUCCGCAGCUCCAUCUGCAUGCAGAGAGAAACCUGAAGAAAACGCGCACUCAUCCAUCAACCAAUUCCACUGAUCGCAGAAGUGAAUGCACCGCUCAUCUGGCCGCUGAACCGCCUGCGCUCUUCUUUGUGCAUCAGUCCUCCUACUAGAACAGAUUUCGCAUUAGCUUUGGCCACGGAUUCAGCGCCAGUAAGCUACUUUUGGAUACAUCAGUUACUCAAAACUAUCUACAAAUGAUUUACACAAUUUUGUAUUGCUGAGGUAUUUAAAAGAAAAAUGUAAUAUAUACUAUAUUGCCUAUUUGACAUAUUAGACAUACCUGUUAUGUGGCAAUGACCGUCACCACUUUGGCGCACAAGAUACCACUGUGCGCAAUGGGAGAACAGGUGUAUUAUAUGUUAAGUGGAAGCCACAGGGCAGAAUGCUGCCUUCCGUUGGAUUUUCAGUGAUGGUCAGAAUACUCUUGGCUGAAAUUAAACCAUUCCAAAAUGGAUCUAAUGUGACGUUAAAGUUUACAAAUAAAGGUGGGAUGUGACACUAGUGUCCCCUAUCUCAACCCUGAGACAGACUCAACCCAGCCCUCCUCCCUGUCAGUAUGGAUCUCUGGCCUCUCCUCCCAUCAUCCCCCAAUCUCUCCCUCCCCGAGCCCCUGUACUACGACAGCUACUUCCCAGGGAACGAGUCCGACCUGGGGUCCCGGAAUGACACUCCUGACGAGACCCAACAGGUCUUCGACAAGACCAGCUCCGUGGUCAUUACCUUCAUCUACUUCAUGGUCUGCGCCGUGGGCCUGACGGGCAACACCUUGGUGAUCUAUGUCAUCCUGCGCUACGCCAAGAUGAAAACAGUCACUAACAUUUACAUCCUGAACCUGGCCGUGGCUGACGUCCUCUGUAUGCUGAGUCUACCCUUUAUCGCCAUGCAGCUGGCCCUGGUCCACUGGCCCUUCGGCGCCGUGCUCUGCCGCCUGGUCAUGACCGUGGACUGCCUCAACCAGUUCACCAGCAUCUUCUGCCUCACGGUCAUGAGCAUCGACCGCUACCUGGCCGUGGUCCACCCCAUAAAGUCCACCAAGUGGCGGAAGCCACGCGUGGCUAAGAUCAUCAACCUGACCGUGUGGGGAGUGUCCCUGCUGGUCAACCUGCCAAUCAUGAUCUUCAGCGGUCUGAUGCCCAAUAAGAACCAGGCGUGGGUGUGUACCAUUGUGUGGCCAGAGCCUCAGGAGAACUAUCAGACGGCCUUCAUGUUCUACACCUUCUUCCUGGGCUUCUUCCUGCCGCUCACCGUCAUCUGCCUCUGUUACCUGCUCAUCAUCGUCAAGGUGAAGUCGUCAGGCGUGCGCGUGGGCUCAACUAAGCGUAAGCGCUCGGAGAGGAAGGUGACCAGAAUGGUGUCAAUCGUAGUUGCCAUGUUCGUGCUCUGCUGGCUGCCCUUCUACGUGUUCAACGUCACCUCGGUGACGGGCACCAUCAACACCACGCCCGUCCUCAAGAGCACCUUUGAGUUUGUGGUGGUGCUGGGCUACGCCAACAGCUGUGCCAACCCCAUCCUGUACGCCUUCCUGUCGGACAACUUCAAGAAGAGCUUUCAGAACGUUCUGUGCUUGAAGAAGGUGGCGGGCCUGGAUGAGGCGGAGCGCAGCGACAGCCGAAUGGAGCGGACGCGCAUGGUCAAAGACGCCACGGCAGAAACGCACAACGCAGCGCCGCCCAACGGCGAGCUGCAGACCAGUAUAUGACCUGUUUGCCAGAGUGUGUAAAGGGAGUGUGUGAGAUAGUGUGUGUGUGCGUGCUUGCUUGCAUGUGUACGUGCGUGUGUGCAGGUAUGAAAUCCGCAUAGUACUCGGUCGAUCUGAGGUGGCCGUGAGGCUGCUUGUAAGUAUCGUCACCCUGAACAGAUGGAUGGUCCUCUGCCCACUACCAGAGUGUAUGUGGACGAGUUAGAUGGACUAGUCAUAUUAACAUCACUCUUCUAUAAACAGCUGGGCAGUGGCCCAGGCACCAAGUGGGUCCAUACUGUCUUUUACAACAUAACUGUCAAGAUCCGUCUUGGAAAACAGAGAAAAAGAUUGAUUUGAAGAAGACGAAAAAGAUCUAUCAUGUUUCAUUGACAUGGAUUGAUUCCUACUGUCUUGAGGGCAGGAUAUAAGAGAAAGAACACCUUUGAUAAAGCAUUUUAUUUAUUGAUAA